AUGGCUGACGUGAAAGAUGAAACCGAGAUGAGCAAGAAGGAAAUCGGACCUUCGUCCAUUAAGUUUCCAAUGUUGAAUGCCUCUAACUACACCGUCUGGGCCAUGAGGAUGAAGAUCGCUCUUAAGGUCAACAAAGUAUGGGAAACGAUUGAUCCUGGAAGCAAACAUGAAGAGAAGAACAACAUGGCCAUUGCUUUGAUAUUUCAAAGCAUACCCGAAGCACUGACGUUGCAGGUAGGGCAUCUCGACACGGCCAAAGCCAUUUGGGAUGCGAUACAAGUUCGACAUGUCGGAGCCGAGAGAGUUCGAGAAGCUCGACUGCAGACACUCAUGACUGAUUUUGACAAGCUUAAGAUGAAGGAAGAAGAUAGCAUCGACACCUUCGUCAGCAAGCUAACAGAAAUCUCAUCAAAAUCAGCCUCUCUUGGUUUGAUCAUAGAAGAACCAAAACUUGUGAAGAAAUUCUUGAAAACCUUGCCAAGGAAGAAGUACAUCCACAUGGUCGCAUCUCUUGAGUAA